AUGGCCAAGUUCAACCGAAGACAGCUCAUAACGGGCUUCAGCGCACUCUACCUCGCCGCUCUCACCGCGAUUGCCGCCUACGCAUUGCACCAAACCAACUUCUACUCCUUGCCAAUCCCAAAUGUCCUCUCGGCCCUGACGGUCGCCCUCCCGCCCCUAGCCGGCAUCGCCCUCGAAUCGAUCAUCAGCUUCCAGCACCAGCUCGUCAGCAAAGGCAAGCUGCAGACCUCGAAGGUCUUCCAGGCUGUGAAUGUGACCUUUCUGAUCUAUGAGACGGUGUUGGCGACGUUGGCAGGGACACAUAUCGCGCCCCUUGGUGGGCUGUGGUGUCCGUUGCACGACAAGUGGCAGGAAAUGCGCACGAGUAGGGAUGCGAAGAGUAUUCAGCGGAUACAGGAUGCGUUCAAUUGUUGUGGGUUCAAUGGACCGAAAGAUAUGGCGUGGCCGUUUCCGGAUAAGAAACACGGGGCGGACACAUGUAUGGUGCGCUUUGAGCGGGAUAUAGGUUGUCUGGAGCCGUGGAGGACGACGGAGCGGAAGAUUGCCAUAAUGCUGCUCAUCGUGCCCGUGGCGGUGUUUCUGUGGAAAGUGGCGUUGUUCCUGGCUCCAGGCUUCGAUGCUCCGUGGCUUCCAUCCGCGAUCCGGCUGCCAAAUGAUAACACGGAGGAAGAGACGAGACCUCGUCCAGCGAUCACAUACCACGAUCUCGAGGACAAUGCUGAUGAGGACAGUCUGAGGGGUGAGGUCAACCGCCUGAACAAGGACUCCAACCUAGCCACGCAUGUCGAAGGUGGCAGGAUACGUCCGUCGCCGCUCAUCCAGGAGACGGAGAACAACAUGUGGAGUCGAGAUUAG